AUGGAGUUCAUUGACAGGAUCACAUUGUAUGACUUUCUGUACGAUGAUGAAUAUCGUGCAGAAUAUAUACUCGAUUCAAAUAAGAAGCAUACACUGGCUCAUCAAUUGACCCAGGCAGUUAAUUAUCUCCAUAAGAAACUCACUCCAAUCAUUCAAAGAGACAUUAAGCCAGAGAAUAUCAUGAUAACCAAACACUGGUCCCUGAAACUAGUUGAUUUGGGGCUGAGCAAAUGUUUGACAAGUGUUGGUGCAUCGAGAACAACUGUAGGGACAACUCUGAAAGGAACAGCCCCUUACAUGCCCCCUGAAAUGGUUCUGCAUUAUGACGACGCCUCAGUUUUCUCUGACAUUUGGGCUGUUGGCUGUACAAUUGCGGAGAUGUACACUGAGUCUCCAGUUUGGGAGCUAGAUGAAGAUUAUGAAGUUCGUCUGAAAGAGAAAAUGCUCGAUCACGAAAUCCCAAAUUUCGAUGCAAUUCCAGAGGAGCUGAAAGAAUCACUUGAAGACUAUUUCAAGUACAUCCCACAAGAACGAUCUUUAUCCCUUUUGAUGUGCACUUUUUCUAAUAUCCUUUGUCGUGUGUAG